AUGGACCAAGGGGAAGACAAUAGUGAUGAAAUGUAUGAAAGUUUGGAACCUGAUUUUGAGGAUAUGAAUGACUGUUUGGAACGUGAUUUCGAUGAAAUGUAUGGUGAUUUUGAUGUAAUGAAUGACGCUAUGAACAAGGGAGGUGAAGAUGUUAUGGUUGAUUUGAAUGAUGUAUUUAGCACCGACAUGAUGUUUGAUACGCGAGAUGAUUUAUUAAAAUGGGCUAGAAAUGUUGGAAGGGAAAAUGGAGUUGUCGUUGUUAUUUUUAGAUCUGAAAAUGCGACAGCACGACCAAGAACAAAGACAAAAUUAAUUCUUGGUUGUGAAAGAAGCGGUAAAUAUAGACCUUGGAAGAAUCCUAAACCGACGAGGAGUACUUGGAGUAGAAAAAGUGAAUGUCCUUUUAGAUUGAGAGGUACACCAUCAAAUGCUGGUGGUGGAUGGUAUCUACAUGUAAUAUGUGGUGUCCAUAACCACGAAUUGGCCAAAAAACUGACUGGUCAUGCUUUCUUAGGCCGAUUGUCUCAGGAAGAGAAAGUUGUACUUGGUGAUAUGACGAAAAAUAUGAUCAAACCAAGAAACAUAUUGAUGACAAUAAAGGAUCAUAAUGUUACAAGUUUGACGACAAUAAAACAAGUCUACAAUGUGCGUCAAGCAUAUCGUUCAUCACUUAGAGGUAAUAGAACAGAAAUGCAACAUCUUUUGACAUUGAUGGAACGCGACAAAUAUGUCUAUCGAUAUAGGAAGGUAGAGGGUUCAAAUGAGUUGAGGGAUAUCUUUUGGACUCAUCCAGACGCUAUCAAAAUGACAUUUGGUGUGGGAUUUGCGUAUCUACAGUAUGAGCGUGUUGAUAAUUUUACAUGGGCACUACAAAUGUUGAAAGAACAUAUUACAAGUGGUGAAGUUGAAGUAAUUGUUACUGAUAGAGAUCUUGCUUUGAUGAACGCAGUUGAAUGUGUUUUUCCAAAGGCGGUCAAUUUAUUAUGCCUGUUUCAUGUAUGCAAAAAUGUGAAAGUGAAGUGUAAGAUGACUGUUUUUCCAAAAAAGAAGCAGGUGCAAAUAAUGGAGGCAUGGGAGGCUCUUGUUUACAGUUAUGAUGAGACUCAGUACUACAUGAAUUUGGCUAACUUUGAAGGAAUUUGUAGUAGCUCUUCUAUCUUUAAUGAUUAUGUACAUGACUAG